AUGUCGGACUUGGGCCACAGCGAGCACUCGGACAUUGGGCCGGAUGCCAGCUCGGACGUCGAGUCUGACCUGGGCUCGGAGCUUGGUUCCUCUGAGGAGCUGGACGACGCCUCGACCCUGAGCCAAGAUGACUUCGGUUCUGGCGCCGAGUCGGAGACCGUGGCCGAUGACAGCGAUACUGACGCCGUGGACCAGGAGCUCGAGGACCUGCUCAACCGUGGGACCAGCUCCCCCGGCGCGUCCGACGGUCCGCAGGCCGGCCCGGGCUCCGGGGCCGACCCUACGGACUCCGAGGUGGCCGGUGCUGUCGAGGAUGAUGGCAUGCAUGUGGAGGAGACUUCGCCGCUGGUGUCGCCCUCCGACAAUGGCACGGACGCGGUGAUGGCAGCGGCCGAUGUCGAUCUGGACAGCGACCAGGCCAGCAUGUCCGACUUUGAGGGUGUCAGCUCGGCGGGCGAUAGUGCUGGUUCGGCCAGCGAGGCCGGAUCUGGCAUGACCGACAGUGACGCGCCUUCCGAUGGCCAUAGUGAUGCUGAUGUCGAUGAUGGCAGUGACGACGACGACGACGACGACGGCGGCGGCGACGACGACGCUGACCAUGCUGCUGCUGUUGCUGUUGAUGAUGAUGAUGACGGCGACGGGAACGACGACGAUGGCAGCGACGUCAGCGAGGACGACGACGACGACGACGACGACGACGACGUUGCUGAUGAUGACAGCAUCGAUGCAGACUCCGACGACGCUGAGCAUGUCGAUGAUGAGGCGCUGAGUGCCGAUGAGGCGGCCCUCGAUGCUGGCCAUUCGAGUGACGGCGAGGCUGUCGAGCGUGGAGAGGGCCGCGGCGCCGUGGGAGUCGCCGAAUCAGAUGCGGCCGCCGGGUCGCCGGGCAGCCCGUCGGCAUCCGAGACGGCGGACCUCCCGUCGGCCACACCGUCGGUGGCCAGCACAGUUCCCCAUCCAACUUCCGGGUCGGUGUCUCCCUCGUCCACGGUGUCGGAUGUGAGCCUGCCCCUGGCACGGCCGAGCUUCUUUGCGACGUCGCUCCAUGCGGGCAAUGUACCGAGUCCGGUGGGGUCUGGGGCGGAUGCCAACCACUCGCCCGGUCCGGCCGGGGCCCGGGGCAACACCGACAGCGAGGAGUACGAUGAUGAUGAUGAUGAUGACGGCGAUGGUCAGAGUGGUGACAGCGAUGGCGAUGCGCUGGUCAUCAGCUUGCUGUCGGAUGAUGAGGUGAUCGCCGCGUCAACUCGGGAUGGCAGUCCGGCCAGCGACAUGCAGGACGACUUCCUUUCGGCCGAGGAGGACUUCCUUUCGGCCGAGGACAACAGCAAUGGCAGUGACGAUUCGUUGGACGCUGCCGAGGAUCUGGGUGCCAGUGGCAGCGAGGUCUUUGACAGUGAUGGCGAUGAGUCUGUCGGCAGCAGCGAGUCCGGCAGCGAGGCAGUCAGCGACGGCAGCGAAGCAGUCAGCGACGGCAACGAAGCAGCCAGCGACGGCAACGAAGCAGCCAGCGACGAUGGCGAGUCCGGCAGCGAGUCCGGCAGUGAUGACAACGAGGCAGCCGACAGCGACAGUGCCGGUAGCCACGACAGCGAGGCAGCCAGCGACAUUGAUGAUGAGCCUGCCGGCCUGAGCUCCGUCAUCGAGUCCGAUGUCGAUGAUAUGGAGGAUGUGCUGCUGGACACGCCAAGCGACGCACCCCCGGCUGACACCGCCGAAGCCAUGGAGGGAGUCACUGUUUCUGGCGUCGCUGAUGUGGCCGAGGCCAUGGAUGGCGUUGAUGUCGAUGAUGGGGCCAAUGCCGUGGCCCCUGCUGACUUGGCUGAUUCGACGGGGCCUGCCCCUGUUUCCGAGGGUAAUGGUUCCGUUGGGGAUGCUCGGUCCGUCCAGACUACUCAUGCAGCCGAAAGUGCCGUGACCGCCACCGAGGAGGCCGGGCCUGUUGCUGGGCCGCCGGAGGAUGGCGAAAUUCUCGAUACCACUGGCCCGGGCCUUGUGACUGGCGACCGGCACCAAGACGGGCAUGUGUCUCCCCCUGCAGCUGAGGUCACCGACAAUAAGCCGGCGCCGGCGGUGGCGGCAGCGGCAGAGCCCGAAGCGGGUGCCCCUGCUGCGGAUGCUGCGCCGAUGGAAGUCAUCACCCCGGCGCCUGAGACUGGCCAACUCAGCUCGCCAGCCGCAUUGCCGGCGUCAUCCCUGCCGGUGGCGGCCACGGUGUCGCCCUUCGCCGGGCUCGGGGACUCGAUUGUGCUGUCGAUCGAGGCGACCACCGGCUCCGAUGGCGCCACCUUCCCCCUGGGCCCGGAGAUUGUGAUCACCGCGCCCGUGUCCUUCCUCCCCCAGGCCUUUGCCAGGGAUGAGGGGCCCCAGUCCGCGGGCACCGAGGACCAUGCGAGCCAGUCUCAUUCGGACGCCCCCGCGGUGGCCGAGCCCUCGCGCAAGCGCAGCGCUUCGCCCCCUGCCGAACACGAGUCCGAGCCAGCGAGCAAGCGCCCCCGGCGACGCGAUGCCAGCUCGCUGGCGGACAUCCAUCUGCCACAGCCAUGGGCCGACCGGCGUCGAGACUCGCCCUUCGGGGCCAUUCUCUCGAAGGCCGAGCAACAGACCCCCGGCGGCGGUGGCGGCGCUGCCAGCGGCGAUGGUGUGGACAGUGCAUCAUCCACUUCGCCCGAUGCGGCGGCUGUCAUGCUGCAGGAUCUGGCCUCGGCCCAGCUGCCGGAUCUGCCGGUGCCGCUUUUCCAAACGGAGGAGGGCCUGCGUCUGGGCGAUGGCACGCGUGCCCUGGUGGACCCGUUCCUGCUGGAGCUGAGCCGUUGGCAUGCGGACGCCCAGGCCAAGUUCCAGCUGGUACACCGGCUGGCGCAGCGCUUUGCCGCGGAGAAGGAUGCCCUGUCCGUGGAGUUCGAGGAGCUGGAGUCUCUGCGAAGCGCGCAGUCGUCAUCGGCCGCGGCCUUGGCCAGCACCCGGUCUGAGCUGGCGGAGCUAAUGUCACAGCACCUGAAGUCCGAGGCGGAAACCUCGCGACUGCUGCAUGAGUCGCGGCGUUCGGAGCGGCGCUGCGCCGCGGCUGAGCGCCAGGCGUCCUGGCUGUCGGAGGAGCUGGCCAAGCGCACCGCCGAGUUCGAUACCUAUCGCCAGACGACCACCGAAAAUGUCAUCUCCUUGCAGACGCGACUGCGCGGCAUGCAGGAUAGCCUGGCUGCCAGCGAGGCCGCGCGCCGGCGUGCCGAGGCGCAAGACCAGUCCAACAUGCUGCAGCUAGAGCAGGCCCGAGCUGAGAUGCGCCAGGAGCGCCACCAGGGAGUCCUGAAUGAGGAAAGCCUCCGGUCGGACCUGCUGGCUGCUCGGCAGGAGGUCGCCCGGCUGCGUGACUCCUACGACGUCCUGCUGGGGGUCAACCAGGAUCUCCAAGGGGCGGCGGCCAGUGCCGCAGCCGAGAUCGAUGAUCUGCGCGAGCAAGUGGACCAGGGCGCGCGCGAGGCAACUUCCCGCGCGGCUCAGGCGGCCGAGCUCCAGCAGGCCCUCGACACCACAGCCGGUGAGCUGGAGCGCCUCAAUGCCUGGGUGCUCAAGCAGUCAGCGGCCAAGCACGGCCCGAGCGCCGGCCUGCCACACGGCCUCAAUGUCUCCCGGCUGUACUCGGACUUCCUGCAAAGCCAGGAGCAGGUGAAGACCCUGCAGAGCAAGUGCACCCAUCUGGAAUCGACGCUGGAUAAGUUCCUGGCGGAUCUGGAGCCGCGAGCCAAGGCCCUGCAAAGCGAGCGGGCGCACUACGCCGCGCAGGCGGCCCACGCCACUGGCCUGGCCAAGCGGGUGGAGGACCUGACCGCCGAGUUGGCCGCCGUUCGGGACAACUUCCUCUCGGCCUCGGUCAAUGUCGACCGCCUGGAGGCGGAGAAGCGCCAGUUGGGACAGCAGGUGGCCGAUCUCAGCCGCCAGGUGCAGUUCCUCCUGUCGGAGGAGCUUGAUUCGCCGGCCAUGGCGGCCGCCACCAACGGCGGCCUCAGCGCCGGGGACGUCAUCGACCGGGAGUUUGUCACCUUCGCCACGAUCAAGGAGCUGCAGACCAAGAAUCUGAACCUGCUGACGGCCUUGCGGCAGCUGGGCGAGCGGAGUGAGCAGGCCGAGUUCCGGCCGACCCCGACGGCCGAGCUGGUGGAGGAGCGGGCGCGCCUGCUCCGGCAGCUGGCCCAGACCGAGGAGGACCUCGACCGGACCGGCCAGCAAGCGCGCGAGCUUGAGAGCACCCUGGCCGAAGCGGUCAGCAGCCUGGAGCGGUACCGGGAUCAGCAGCAGACGCUGGAGGCCCGGCUGGCCGAGGCCGCCGACGCACGGGACGCCUUGCGCGUGCUGCUGACCCAAGCCGAGGCACAGGCCGCGCCAAACCUCCAAACCCGAGUGCAGCGUCUGGAGGGCGAGCUGCAGCAUACGCGGGCCGCGCUGCAGGAGGCCGAGCGCCUGGCCAGCGUGGCGCAUGCCCAGUCGGCCGAGCGCCUGGCUGCCCUGAACGACGAGUAUCAGGAGUCGCGCGUGGCCGCGCGCACGGCCAAGGCCGAGUCCGCGGUGCUCAGUGCCCGGAUUGCGGCCCUCGAGGAGAGCCUGUCGGCGGAGAAGGUCUUCACGGCCGAGCUGCAGUCGCGCCUGACCACGCUGGCCAGCGAUCUGGACCUGGCGCGAGCGGAUCUUGGCCGCGCUCGGUCGGCGCACCUGGCCGAGGAGUUGCGCGCGCGGCAGCUUGGCCAGCAGCUGGCCGAGGCCAGCGCCGGGGUGGCCCGCCUGUCCGAGGUGGAGGCCCAGCUCCGAGACAAAUUGGCGGCCGAGGAGCUGUCCCUGCAGCACACCCGGCAGAACCUGCUGUCGCAAGCGAACCAGGCGCGCGAGGCCGGCGAGCGGCAUCGUGCCGAGAUGCUGGCCUCGCUGGCGGCCGACCGGGCCACCCUCUAUGCGUCCAUCGGGGACCUGCGGACGUCGCUCGAGCGCGAGCGGACCUCCCUGUCCAACAUGAUGGCGGCUCGCGAGCGCGAGCUCGACCGGGCUCGCGGCCAGCUCCAAAAGUGGGGUCUCUCCGUGCGCGGGGUGGCCAUUCGCGCGCGGAACAUGGUGUCGCGUGCGCACCGCGAGCUGUCCGAGCAAAAGUCGCUCGGCGUACGCACCAUGCACGCGGCCGAGCAGCUCAAAAAGGUCAUCGCCCAGCUGUUCCGCGAGCGGUCGGCCCUGAUGGAUGUCAUCGGGCUGGCCCCUCCGGAUGUGACCGGGGCGAUCUCUUCGGCCGAGCAGCAGCAGGUGCCCCUGCCCAUCACCGCUGCGCCUGCCACUGCGGCGGCUCCUCCCGCCAGUGGCGGCGCCCCGCGUGUCGCCCCCCCCGGCGCCCGGCCGAUGGCCAGCCCCUCUGCCACGAGGCCGGCCCAAGGCUAG